ACAGCUCUGGGAGGGACAGACAGCUCAGGAGGGACAGACAGCUCAGGGAGGACAGACAGCUCUGGGAGGGACAGACAGCUCUGGAAGGACAGACAGCUCAGGGAGGACAGACAGCUCUGGGAGGGACAGACAGCUCUGGAAGGACAGACAGCUCAGGAGGGACAGAUGGCUCUGGAAGGACAGACAGCUCAGGAGGGACAGCAGCUCUGGGAGGGACAGACAGCUCUGGGAGGACAGACAGCUCUGGGAGGACUGACAGCUCAGGGAGGACAGACAGCUCAGGGAGGACAGACAGCUCUGGGAGGGACAGACAGGUCUGGAAGGACAGACAGCUCAGGAGGGACAGACAGCUCAGGAGGGACAGACAGCUCUGGGAGGACUGACAGCUCAGGGAGGACAGACAGCUCUGGGAGGGACAGACAGCUCUGGGAGGGACAGACAGGUCUGGAAGGACAGACAGCUCAGGAGGGACAGACAGCUCAGGAGGGACAGACAGCUCAGGGAGGACAGACAGGUCAGGAGGGACAGACAGCUCAGGAGGGACCCCCAUCUCGCACUGUCUGCGAAACAUUCCCUGCUCCCCGACCCCUGGCGCUCGCCGGGCUGCGGGGGCAGCCUGGAUCGAUGGCGCUGGCGGAGCGAGGAGCUCUUUGUUAG